AUGUUGAAAGAGAUUGCAUAUACGUUAUACUCAUAUAUGGUUGCGCACCCAGUGCAAACUCAAGUUAUUGUCUUGAUUGCUGUACUCGUUUAUUAUUUGGUUGUAUUCCCAGUAACCUCUCCGUUAUGGAAAAUUCCUGGUCCAUAUAUUCAUCGAAUCAGUUAUAUUCCUUGUUACAAUGCCCAGAGAAAUGGGACUUGGAUAGCUCGUGUUCAUGAGUUGCACAAAAAAUAUGGUAAUGUGAUUAUUUUAUCUCCAAACGAGGUUAGUGUUAAUGGCGAUCCCAAAUUCAUCAAUGAUAUUUAUGUGAAGAACUUCCCCAAGUCAAAGUUCUAUGAGAAUUUCAGAAACCAUGGGUUUAAGGACAAUAUUUUUGCCAGCUUAGAGAAUGAUCGUCAUCGCAAGUAUAAGAAGUUGAUUAACAAUUUGUACAACAAAACUGCCAUUUUCUCGAAAGAGAAUCAUACUAGGUCAGUAUUGUUAGAGACUGCAGAUAAAUUGGUUGAAACUGUUGGUAAGGAGUCUCCUUCUAUUGAAGUAUUUACAUUGUUUGGCGCAUUAGCGAUGGACGUGGUUUCAAGAUUUGAACUUGGUAGGAGUAAUGGUACAAACUUAUUAGACAGCUCAUCCGAUAGAAGAAUAAUUGUGUCUCACAGAGAAGUGUCGAGCAUGGGGUUUUGGACAACCUUGAUGCCUACUUUUCUUUGGGAUUAUGCUGCCACUAAAUCGAUUCUUCAGGCGGCAGAUGAUAUUUGCAAUUUCCAAUUGAACCUUUAUAAAUUUGCUGAAAAAAAUUUAACCUCAAAUGGGAAAAACUUGACUACAUUUGAAACACUAAAGAAAAAUGGGUUUGAAGGUGAGUAUGCUUAUUCAUUUCUUACUGAUAACUUAUUUGCUGGUCAUGAAACAACUGCAGUUCAAUUAACUUAUUUGUGCUACGAGUUGUCACGUCCGGCAAACUAUAAGAUGCAGCAAAAAUUACGUGAGGAAUUACAUGAAGCAUUCCCCGAUGGGAAAAUUGACUUGGAAACUGUUGACAGUCUUCCAUAUCUUAAUGCUUUGUUUGCAGAAAACGGACGUGUUCAUACUUCCAUCCCCGGUGCUGAACCAAGAGUUGUUGAUAAGCCAUACUUGGUAGAUAACAUGGUUAUUCCACAAGGUACAAUUAUUUCGUGUCUCCCAUACUCCUUCCAUCGUACAGAAAGUGUGUUCCCUGAACCCGACAAGUUUAUCCCUGAAAGGUGGAUUAUCAACAAUGAAGAAGACAAAUGGAGAGUCAAACGACAAGAAAAAUAUAUGAUGCCCUUUGGUAAGGGAGUCAGAAUGUGUCUUGGCAUGAACUUGGCCAUGAUUGAGAUGAAGUUAGCUAUCGCAAAGUUGUACUGGCACUAUGGUUCCGCGAUCGAUGAAACGUGGUGCAAAGUCCUAAACGAUGCAAAGCCUAUUGAAAUGGGUGGAGGUGGCGAUGGUAGUACUGACCAAGACAAAAUGAGAAUGUACGACUGGUACACUACUAGACCAUUGUACGACGAAUGUUGGUUGAAAUGGGAGAAACUCUAG